AUGGGUCAUGCUCCAAUCCACAUCAUUUUCUGGGCAUGUAUUGCUCUCCAGGUUCUUUCGUUGGUGCCCAGAGUAGAGACGCUGGUCGCCCAGAGUCCGGCGGAGACGGUUCCUAGUCUCCAAUUUAGAGACGAACUUGGUUCGAAUCAGCCUUUGUUGGUCAAUACUACGGACUCCGGCAUUGAAGAUGCCCGGGGAGUUGUUCGAGCGGCCAUCGCUCAAAUGACGAAGCUCAAUAAAGCCCGCCUAGAAAAUCACGCUCGCGGGCCGAGCUCAGAGACAACGCUCGCAAGACGCAACGGCGAUGACUCCUCGAGCUCCUUGUUGGAGAUAACCCCGGCGAUCUCCCAUGCUGCUGCCCUUGUCGCGGAAGCCGAUAUGGCAGCCAGCCUUUCGGAUGGCUCCUUUAAACUUUCCAGGCGAGCGGCUGGCAGUUUCUGGAUGGAAGACAUCAGGCGCCAGGGAACUGUGCCGUGGGGGAGUGAUGCAACAUACAAGGUUUUUCGAAACGUCGUCACCGACUAUCAUGCCGACCCGACGGGUGCAUCAGAUUCCACAGCAGCCAUCCAAGCCGCAAUCAACGACGGCCAACGUUGCGGAGAGAAAUGCAAUGGAUCUACUCGGAAGAACGCCAUUGUCUAUUUUCCUCCAGGGACUUAUCUGGUGUCAAGCACGAUUAAAGUCCUGUUCGCUACCCAGCUUAUUGGCGACGCGAACAAUUGGCCCACCAUCAGGGCAGCGAGCAGCUUUGUGGGACUCGGUGUGCUAUCGACCAACGAAUACAUCGGUGGCACUGGGCCCGAUGGUGGAGAUGCCGAGUACUAUGUCACCACAGCGCGCUUUUACAGCCAAAUUCGCAACCUCCGUAUCGAUAUUACAUCCACAGACCCGAACGCAUAUGUCUGUGCUAUUCACUAUCAAGUGGCACAAGCGACCAGUCUGCAGGAUGUGGAAUUGAUUGCCACUACCGGGACCACACAACAAGGGAUAUUUUCGGAAAAUGGCAGCGGUGGAAUGAUGUCAGAUGUCACCUUUAGGGGCGGGAAUUUCGGGUUCUAUGGCGGCAAUCAGCAAUUUAGUGCUCAUCGGAUGACUUUCAUCGGCUGUUCAACAGCUAUCCAGAUUAUCUGGGAUUGGGGCUGGGUCUGGAAAUCCCUUCAUAUCCAGGGUGGUAACGUUGGCAUCCGCCUCGUCAACCCCGAUGGCAACGGAAACAUUGGUUCAGUCUCCAUCAUUGACUCGCAGAUCACAGAUGUGACCACGGCCAUCAUCGUCACACCCUCAUCUUCAACCCCAGGGUCCGGUACUACAGGACUGGUAUUGGACAAUACCAGGAUUGGCGGAUCAAUCGUCGAUACUGGGGGAAGGACUUACCUAAGUGCAGGGUAUUAUGCAAAUUGGGCGCUUGGACCUACAUACGCUGGCGGUGCCAGAACUUGGAGCUCAGGAAGCUCUUUGCCGUAUCCUCGCGAACAGUCGUUGCUGGGCGCCAGGGUUGAUGGCUUGGAUAAUGCCCCUUACUUUGAGCGAAAGAAGAAUCAAUAUGCAGAUAGGCCGGUUGGUGAUUUUGUCCAACUUAAGUCUCUUGGAGCCAGAGGUGACGGGGUCACUGAUGACACAGCCGCGAUCCAACAAGCGUUCGACGAGUACGGAAACGGAAGUAAAGUUAUUUUUGUUGAUGCUGGGACUUAUAUCUUGACGGACACUGUGACAAUACCAAAGGACGCCAAAAUUCAUGGUGAAGCUUGGUCCCAGUUUGCUGCCUUUGGGAGCUCUUUCUCCGAUGCAAACAACCCUCGAGUCAUGCUCCGUGUUGGCAAUAGGGGUGAUGUAGGAACUGUCGAGUUACAAGACUUGAUUCUAACCACAAAAGGUGGGACGGCCGGAGCGGUGCUGAUGGAGUGGAACGUCAGGGCGGCAAGCCCUGGCGCCGCCGCGCUGUGGGAUGUUCAUGCUCGCAUUGGUGGUGCUACUGGAACCUCUCUGACGCCGUCUGAAUGUCCUGCGCGAAGAGAUGCUAUUAACCCGUCCUCCUGUCAGGCGGCGAGUCUCAUAUUGCACCUUACUCCAGAGGCCUCAGGAUAUUUCGAGAAUAUGUGGCUCUGGGCGGCUGAUCAUAUGAUAGACGAUCCUGAUCUGAAUGAUGCUUACAAUAAUAUGGAGCAAUUGAGUGUGUAUGUCGCUCGUGGGGUGCUAAUCGAAAGUACCACUGCGACUUGGUUAUAUGGCACGGCCUCCGAACACAGCGUCUUCUACCAGUAUAAUUUUCAUGGCGCGCGGAAUAUAUUUACCACGAUGAUCCAGACCGAACCUCCCUAUUAUCAGCCAACUCCGAGGCCGCCGGCACCAUUUGAUCGCCAAGUCGGUAUAUAUGCUUCAGACCCAAGUUAUAGGUGCACUGGUGGAGAUUUUGAUGGGUGUGACGAAGCAUGGGCUGUUAUCAUUACAGGAUGCCAGAAUAUCCACAUCAGCAGCGCAGGUACCUACUCCUGGUUCAGCACAUAUACCCAGAGCUGCAUCGACUCCCAUAAUUGUCAGAAAGUCUUGUGGCUUCUCAACAAUAACCACGACAACGUUCGCUUGGAGCAUAUCAUCGCCAUCGGAGCAGAGUAUGUUCUUGUCUCCGAUGGCAGGGGGGUUCGAUCUACCGACAAUCUUGGUAUCACCGCUCACCCGGCGUGGGCCCAGAUAUCCAUCUUCGAUGUUCCCUCUCACGGACCAGCAGUAAUAUUGGAAAGAGAGGAUAUUCCUGGAGCGUCUCUCGAAGCUACUGAGACUUGAUACACAUAGCUCUCCAAUGCAUGAUUACGGCCCGCAGGGCGACAGAUGUGAAACUGAACUAUGUCCUUAAGAUUUCUGACUCCUUAUAUUAGCACUCGAAAUUUAGUGCCGCUUUAGCAGACAGUUAUAAAUAUUACACAUAAGCUCUUUUUGUGGCGAAAACUAG